UGACUGGGUGAAAUCCACAUGAUGUAAAAGUCAGGUUUCAUGCCAUCUCUUUAACAGUGGUCUCUUGUUUUUGUUGUUGUGUUUUACAGUUCUUUUUCCUGGCUCUGCCAGUCCUGUUUACCAGGCCCUGCCGAAAAUACAGCCCUACAGUUUUGUCUCCUGCAGCCCUCUUUCUCUUGUGCUUGUUUUAAUGUUUACUGUUUCUUUUUGUUUUUUUUUUGUAUCACAACCUUGUUUAAUAAGCAUUAAAUCAGUGGAAGUGUGAACUGUUCCACCUGUUCAGAAAAUUCGGCUCUGACGUGUUUCUAGGGCUUUUGUUGGGACUGAAGACAGGGCUAGUUGUUGUUGUUGUUAUUAUUAUUAUUAUUAUUGUGUGUAUAUGUGUGCUCAUGUGUACGAGCUCUUGUUAAACGUGCUGUGGUCAGGUAAGGACAGCAGGUAAGGACAGUCUCCAGCAAAAGCCCCAGAAUUAAAGCUGACAAUGUGUGUGUUCUUUUUUUAAAAUGAAUGAAUCCAUUGUAAAUCUGAACCUUAUGACUGUUUUAUGGCCACAAUUUCUCAACGUGUUUUGUGUUGUGUAUCUCGAUCUUUCUCUGUGCUUUUAGCGAAGCUGCCAACGUGAGUCGAUUGUUCAUAAAACGUCUAAAUGAAAAGUUGAAAGCACAUCACCCGGAGAAGCCUCUGUGCUCGCUCACGUUUGGUUCAUGACUUAAAUAGCGCUCGUCCAGGUGUAAUUCCUGACGAGUCUAAAGCUUUGUCGCUGAUGGCUCCUGCCAAUGCUGUCGCCGGCCUUCUUCCAGGAGGAGGACUGCUGCCAACACCCAACCCUCUCGCAUCGAUUGGCGCCGGAGUUAUGGGUGGCCUUGGUGGUCCUGGUAUGUUAUCGGGAGCCGGCAUGAAUCAGGCUCUCUCGGCUGAUCAGAUUCUGAAGUUAAUGACGAUGGAUCCAAAGCUUAAUCCGAUGGGCAUGGGCCUGAAGGCAGACGCAUCUUCCAAGGAGAUCGAGGAGGCCAUGAAGAGAGUGCGUGAGGCCCAGUCGCUGAUCUCUGCCGCUAUUGAACCCAGCAGUAAAAAAGACAGCAAGCGUAAGCACUCCCGCUCCAGAUCCAGGUCUAGAUCCAGACGCAGGAGGUCCCGUUCUCGCUCUCGACACAGGAGGUCGAACAGCAGGAACCGCAGGCGCUCUCGCUCCAGGAGCCGCAGACGCUCCCGCAGCCCCAGGAGGAGGAGAUCCCGCUCCAGGGACAGGGGCCGACGCUCCGCAAGCAAGUCCAGGGAUAGGAAGAAGGAAGAGAAGGACAAAAAGCGCUCCAAAACCCCUCCGAAGAGCUACAGCACCACCAGGAGAUCUAGAAGCAACAGCCGAAGGCGUAGAAAGAGCAUUAGCCGCUCUCCCCGGAGGUCUCCCAAGAGAAAGGUGUCCAGGUCACCGUCACCAAAAAGGCACAAGAAGGAGAAGAAGAGGGAUCGUGAACGGGAGAAGGACCGAGAGCGCGACCGCGACAGGAGGACUGAACGAGAGCGCAGUCGCGAGGUCGCCGAGCGCUCCUCCAGCAAGAAGAAGAAGACCAAAGAGAAGGAACGAGAGAGAACACCCGACAGUGAGAAACGAGAUGUGAAGGUGACCCGUGACUACGACGAAGAGGAGCAAGGAUACGACAGCGAGAAGGAGCGGCGGGCCAAGGACUCGGAAGAUUCGGGCUCGUCUCCAGCGCGCUACGAAGGCGAGGCCGAGGGCGACUCGGCCAAGCACAGCCCGAAGCAGCCCAAACAGAACGGAGACGAGCACCACGAAGAGCAGGACAUGGACGUCAGCGACUGAGGCCGCGCCCACGUCGCCGCGCGGUGGAACGGACAUUUGAAUGAGAGAUUUUCCGAUUGCUUUCGCCCUUCUGGCCGUGUUUGUUCUUUACUAACCUCUGAAUUCGGUGUCGCGCUCUCUCUCCCUUCCGCUUUACUCCACUAGACCGGAUUGGAUUCUUGUUUUUGUUUUUCUGGACGGCUGCGUUUCCUUCUGCUUUUGAGUCGCUUAAAUUCUUUGCAUUUGCCUUAAGAGGGAAGGAUGCUCACGUGUUCAUUUGGUCAAACGUUGACCAAUCAGAGAGGCUCUCGUGCUCUCGACUCUGCUGUUUUAGCUCUACAUUACUAAUGUCCAUUACUGGCAUGGAUCUUCCUUCGUUUCCUUUUCUCUUCCUCUUCAUGAUACUGCGCCUGACCGGUCCUGGUGUUCGUUAGUGUCCACACGAUUUGUUUUGUUGGAGAAUGUUUUUGCCCCGCUUCCUACAUUUGUUUUUGAUAGCCACUCGGCAUAACUGUAUUUUAAAUAGACCUGAGUUCAUGAUGUACAUGAUUAGUGGAUUAUAUUCCUAGUAUCAUAUCCUGUAGUCGGCCAUCCGGGAGUUGAAUUUUUAUACUGUAAAUAAACUCGGUGGAGUGAGAA